AUGUCUGACAAUAAUCCCCUUCUUUCGCCUAAAGAAAUUAAUGAGUGGGGCACGAGUGCUGUUAUUAAUUUUCUGGAGUCUAGAAAAGAGCUUUUUCUUGAUAAUGACGAUAUCAAGGCAAUUAGAACAAGUAAAUUAACUGGUCCAGGCCUCCUUAACUGUAGCAUUGAAGAUCUUCGAGAUUGUGGAUUGCAAGUAUGGCCGGCAAAAAGUAUCAAAAAAUUAUCUGAGGAAUUGAGACCAAAGAUUUGCAAUGUCACUUUCAAAUAUCGAGUAAAAGAAAACGAAACAGUAGAGUGCAACAGGAGAGAUCGUAUAGUAUCGAUAACAUAUUAUUCGCUGACAGAACUAACUUUGAAACUAUUGCAAGAACAUGCACAAAAAGAGUUUAAGUUUCCAGCGACGACACACGACGAAAUUGUGAUCAAAUACAAUAAAUCCAUUUUAAGCAAUGAUACUACCGUGAGAUCUAUAUUCAAGAUGAAAGAAAAUAUCGAAUUAAUCGUUACAUUAGAUAAGAAGUGCUUUUCCAGUUAUAAAAAUUUGCGAGAGGUUCUCCAAAAACAUGGAAUCGACAAUGACGAAGUGCGUAGUAUACCAGUGUUUUUUCCUAAUUGUGAAAAUGAAGAAAAUUAUAAGGGAGUAUUUGAAGAUUGUGUAAAGGAAAUAAAGAACGAAGCACAGCGAAGCCACUUUAUUACGUCAGUAUUAGUCUCGGCAGUAAAUUCAGUUCCAAACACCAUCCUUCGUUCACAGUUUGAGAUUAUUGGAGAUGUAUCUGCCGGCAGGGUAGAUUAUGCAAUAAAGAAAAUUUAUCCGCAAUUAACAGGUAGUGGGUUUGAAGAAAUCAUCUGCGUUACUGAAGCGAAGCAAAUUGAUAUAAAAGUAGGAGUUGCUCAAAACUUAAUGCAACUUGAAG